AUGAAUGCUACUAGUUUAUACGUAUCUACAUGUCGUUUAGUUUUACAAGUAGAUUCAGAAGAUCCCGGGUGUUGUUCUGAUUUAUACAGACUAAUUCCGUAUUUAAGACAGUCUUUGUCAUGUACUGUUUGUGGUAAUUUGCUUAUAGAACCCUUUACUCCCACUGAAACCAACUGUCAACAUCAUGUUUGUAGAACUUGUAUUGGUGGGAAAAAAAAGCUUAAACCAUCCUGCAGUUGGUGUAAAGAUUAUGAUAAAUACAUUCAAAACGUUCAGUUACGAAUUUUAUUACAGUGUUAUAAAAAACUUUGUGAAUAUAUUAUUAACUCUUCUACAUAUAAGUUAAUUUGUAAAAGCAACACUUCAUUAUCUAUUGGAGAUUCUAGCGUUGCAAACAUUAUUGAAUUAAUUCAAGAAGGAGCUGGUUUUGAAGAUGAAUACAAAAGCAAUACUGGUUUAUCUAAAUCUGCAUAUAGUAUAUUACCCUGUAUAUAUGCCAGUGCUUCUACUCAAACAGUUGUUCAGUCUAAUGGAUCAAACAAUGAUACAGAAACUGUAGUUGAAGAUGAUAUUCCUAUAUCUAAUGGUUCAUCCAUUUAUUCAGUAUCAUAUGCUGGGAAUGGAAAUAAAAUGGUUAUUAAAAGAAAAGCCAUGGUUCAUAAAAAUGAAAUGGAAAAUUGCUGCAGAUGUGGUAAUGCAACAGCAAGUCCAGGAAAAUUAACAUGCUGCGGACAAAGGUAG